AUGAAUACAAGUACUGUAUACAGCUGGGAUGACGUAACACUUUUUGGAGCUCCUGGUUACAUCAUAGUCUCUAACAGUGUGGAUUAUUUUACCGCCAAAAAGGCAUGUGACGACAAUGGCGGCCAUUUACCAAUGAUUAGAACAAUGAAAGAAAAAGAGGAUUUGAUCAAUUUCGCAAAUUUGCAUGGUGUAAAUAGAGUAUGGUUAGGAGGCGAGGAAGUGGCUGAAGAUUAUAUCAAGUGGUUAUCGGGAGAGGAAUUUCCGGUUCACAUCUGGCAUGAUAAUAAAGAGUGGGAAGAUUUUGAAAAAUACCCCGAGGUUCAUGUUCAUGUUGAACGCGAUUCACUCAAGUUUCACGCCGAUCGGGAUAGAACUGUGGAGUUUGUUUGUGAAACCGUGGAGGAGCCGAGGAAUGCUGGAUAUUUUGUUCAUGUAGCUGAUAACAUGCAAACAUGGGCGUUACCUCUGGCAGAGCUAACAGUCACCAAGAAGAUGCGAUGUGCAAUGGAAUGUUCUAAAUCUCUCCGUUGUAGGAAAUAUACUAUAAAGCUCUCUGUGUGUACAUUGUACAAGGAUGUACUGUUUCAUUCGAGUGGUUCUGGAAAUGGUGAAUCACUUUGGAUUAAAGUGUUUUAG